UGCCGUCUUCAUAUGCCAUCUUCAGAGCUGGCUUCGCCAAUUGCCUCGUCCUCUGUGUUUAGUUAUAAGUGUCGCACCGCCAUACGUGUUUGCCCCUCAAACCAGGUAUUAGGAUAUCCGCCAUGGCCGCGAUUUGGGGGAAUGCCGGGCAGCCAGGCCAAUUUCCUCUGGAGCAAUGGUUUUACGAAAUGCCACCUUGUACGAGAUGGUGGACAACUGCGACAGUAGCAACAUCGGUUCUCGUACAAUGCCACAUCUUGACGCCUUUCCAGCUCUUCUAUAGCUUCCGAGCUGUGUUCGUGAAAUCACAGUACUGGCGCCUUAUUUCGAAUUUCCUUUACUUCGGGCCACUAAAUCUGGACCUCUUAUUCCACGUCUUUUUUCAGCAGCGGUACUCCCGCCUUCUCGAAGAGUCAUCAGGCCAUUCAUCAGCGAACUUCUCAUGGAUGCUUCUAUACGCUACCAUCGCCCUCCUUACUCUGUCCCCCUUCCUCUCUGUCCCAUUUUUGGGACCCGCACUCUCCUCAAGUUUAGUCUACAUCUGGGGACGUCGAAAUCCAGACACAAGGUUGAGUUUCUUUGGUGUCCUUGUUUUCACUGCGCCAUAUCUUCCGUGGGUGUUGAUGGCGUUCAGUCUUAUUGUGCACGGUACUAUCCCUAAGGACGAGAUAUGUGGCGUCAUAGUAGGCCAUAUUUGGUACUUCUUCUCGGAUGUUUAUCCUCCUCUUCACGGCGGACAUAGGCCGCUAGAUCCACCGGCGUGGUGGAGACGAUUGUUCGAAGGCAGAAUGGGUACAGAUAGGAGGCAAGAGGAUCGAGGGACCCAUGCCAGAAAUCUCAACAAUGAAUUUGCAGCAGCCGCAGCACCGGAGGUCGGAUAGUGUCGCCCUGAGACGAUAUUAACCUUCCAAGUACCCUGCAACAACUAGUUGUUCACCCCAACGCCUUGUACGCGUUUGACUUUUGUCUGAAAUUUUCGCCUUCAUCUCGACCAUUUCGUCUAUGAAAGUAAGAGCUGCGUGGUCAAAAGGAAGUUUGGCAUGGGGUCCUUUGUUUUUGAAGCAACGAGAAUCUUUCUAAAAAGCGAUUUCGAUAUCAUACAAUGGCGUUACCACCCUGGUUUUGUAUCAGCACGAUUCCCACCUCGGCGAUGGCGUUAUCCCGGGAGUCUGGCUUAUAUUUGCAUCCCUCUUGACUUUGGUCAUGCUCAACAUCUUGCUAUCAAUAGAGAGAGUACCGUAUCGUCUAUUUUUGUUUCUUUCUUAUUUUUGUUUCUAUUAUGGAGUACAGGGAAGUAAUCGUGCACUAAAUCAUUGCUUUAGCGCUACGGAAUGUGAAUUCUCCAGGUUUUGGGCUUCGUCCUGGAAAAUCUGCUUUAUAUAUAUUGCUUAUCUUUGAAUUGAAGGGUUAUCCGCUA